AUGCUGUGUCCUUCCAGCACGGGGAGCAGCGACCCGUACUGCAUCGUGAAGAUCGACGAUGAGGCCAUCAUCAGGACUGCCACAGUGUGGAAGACGCUGUCCCCAUUCUGGGGGGAGGAAUAUGAGGUGCAACUCCAGCCCACCUUUCACAGCGUCUCCAUCUACGUCAUGGAUGAGGAUGCUCUCAGCCGCGAUGACGUUAUCGGGAAGAUCUGCAUCACCCGGGACAUGCUGGCAGAGCACCCCAAGGGCUACAGCGGCUGGGUGAGCCUCAGCGAGGUGGACCCUGACGAGGAGGUGCAGGGGGAGAUCCACCUGCAGGUGGAGGUUCUGGGGAGGCAGGGCGGCCAGCGGCUGUGCUGCACCGUGCUGGAGGCCAGGGAUUUGGCCAGGAAGGACCGGAAUGGCGCCUCCGACCCCUUUGUCCGCUUGCGCUACAACGGGAAGGUGCAGGAGAGCACUGUGGUCAAGAAAUCCUGCUACCCCCGCUGGAACGAGACCUUCGAGUUUGAGCUGGCCGAGCCCACCGAGGAGAAGCUGUGCGUGGAGGUGUGGGACUGGGAUCUCGUUGGCAAGAACGACUUCUUGGGCAAGGUGGUGUUCAGCAUCCAGGGGCUGGAGGCGGCCGGGCAGGAGGAGGGCUGGUUCAGGCUGCAUCCAGACAAGUCUAAGCCGAGGGAGGAUGAGCGCCAAGGCAGCCUGGGCUCACUGCAGCUGCAGGUGAGGCUGCGGGACGAGACGGUGCUGCCCUCCCACUGCUACCAGCCCCUGGUCCAGCUCCUGUGCCAGGAGGUGAAGUCGGGGCGCCAGGACGGCCAAGUGCACCUGCUCACCCUCCUGGAUGAAACCACCACGGCCGAGUGCCGGCAGGAGGUCGCCAUCAACUUGGUCAAACUCUUCCUGGGCCAAGGGCUGGUCAAGGAGUUCCUGGACCUGCUCUUUGAGCUGGAGCUGGCCAAGCCCUGUGAGCCCAACACUUUGUUCCGGAGCAACUCCCUGGCCUCCAAGUCAAUGGAGUCCUUCCUCAAGGUGACGGGGAUGCCAUACCUGCACGCCGUCCUGGGACCCACCAUCACCCGCGUGUUUGAGGAGAAGAAGUACGUGGAGCUGGACCCUGGCAAGGUGGAG